UUCCCAAAUUCGCAUACGAGCAAGAUGGACGGCGUAGUGUACGAGCAAGACGACCACCACCAGGAGCCCGAGCACCACCACGCCGACCAUGGGCAUGGCCAUGGGCAUGGCCACCAUGAUGGCGGCGACAUGGGCGCCCACAAGCAAGCCUCGUACCACAACGACGAUCAGAGCGGCGGCUACUACGCGGACGCGGGCCACAUGGGCGGGUACAACUCGGCGCCGCCGGCCGCGGCCCACCAGUCGACGGGCGCGGGCAAGAUCUUUGUCGGUGGUGUGAGCUGGGAAACCACGGAAGACAACUUGCGUUCGCACUUUGGCAAGUACGGCGCGCUGACGGACGCGGCGCUCAUGAAGGACAAGUACUCUGGCCAGCCGCGUGGCUUUGGCUUUGUGACGUUUGAGGACCCUUCUGUGAUUGAGCGUGUACUGAGCGAUACGCACACGUUGGACGGGCGCAACGUUGAAGUAAAGCGCGCCGUACCGCGCGACAGCCAAGGCGCGCGGCCGCAGGGCGGGUCGGCCGGCGGCUAUAGCGACCGGUAUGCGUCGGGCGGCCGCUCCACCGAGUCGAAGAAGAUCUUUGUCGGUGGGCUGCCUCCGUCCGUCACCAACGACGACUUUCGCACGUACUUCGAAGACUAUGGCAAGAUCACGGACGCCAUCGUCAUGAUGGACCGCGACACGCAGCGGUCGCGCGGCUUUGGCUUUGUGAGCUUUGAAGAAGAAGGCGCGGUCGCCGAAGUCAUCUCCAAGUCGCACGAGCUCCAUGGCAAGGUCGUCGAGAUCAAGCGCGCCGAGCCCAAGGGCGAGAUGCGCGGCGGUCGCGGCGGCUACGACUCUGGCUACGGCGGCCGUGGCCGCGGCGGCUAUGGUGGUCGUGGCGGCUACGGCGGUCGCGGCGGCGGUCGCGGUGGUGGCUACGGCGGUGGCUACGGCGGCGGUGGCGGCUACGGCGCUGCGGGCUACGGCGGCGGUUACGGUGCGGCGGGCUAUGGCGGCGGCGGCUACGGCGGUGCUGCGGCUGCGGCGGGCUACGGUGGCUAUGGUGGCUACGGCGGCUACGGUGGCUACGGCGCCGGCGGCUACGGCGGCUAUGGUGCUGGCGGCUACGGCGGUUACCCGCCAUACGAUCCGUCGGGCGCACCGCCGGAGGGCGGCGAUGCCGGCGGCGCCGAGGGUCAGCCGAGCUACGACGACCCGACCGGUGGGUACCCGCCGUCCGGCGGCUACGGCAGCUACCAACGUCAAGGCCAGCAAGGCGGCGGCAAGUCGGACCGCUAUCGCCCUUACUAA